GAUGAAACCCAGCCAGGGCGGUGGAGGCUCUUGUACAGUCAUCUCCAUGCAGUGAGGAGAGGCACUUACAGCAGCCUGUGCUUCUCUCUUCUCAGGCUGAAGCUGACAGAAAAAAACACCCUUAUUUAUUUAAAGAGGUUGCCUUUAGGAACAGGGUAACGCUGACUGAAAUUUCACUGCCAGGGAUUCCUCAUUCCACAAACUGCCAUUUGACACAGCUGAAGGGUUACCAUGGCCAGGAUUGUGAAGGAUGACCUAAGUGUCAUGAUGCAUGAGGAGGCUGCAGACAUCUUCCUUGAAGGAGUGUCCUCCCCUGGCCCAGAGGUCAUGGCCUCGGUGCCUCACUCUCCUGGGGGCCCCAAUGGCAUCAUCCGGAGCCAGUCCUUCGCUGGCUUCAGCACCCUGCAGGAGAAGCGCUCGCGGUGUAACUCCUUCAUAGGGAACACGCUGGUGCUGAAGAAGCCCCUGUCCAAGCCAAAGAAGUCACACCUGUCAGGACACAAGGCCAGCGGCAGCUCCCGUGAGCCGCACCCCAAGAGGGUGGAGGAGGUGUACGGGGCCCUGAAACAGGGCUUGGUUGAAUACUUGGAGGUGCACCAGGUGGAGCUGGACAAACUCACAUCCCUGAUGAAAGAUAUGACGCAGAACUCCAGACUGGGGGUGCUGUAUGAUCUUGACAAGCAAAUCAAGACAAUCGAGCGAUACAUCCGUCGGCUGGAGUUUCACAUGAGUAAGGUGGAUGAGCUGUAUGAAGCCUUCUGCAUCCAGAGGUGCCUACGGGAUGGAGCCAGCAGGAUGAAGCAGGCUUUCUCCUCCUCUCCCUCCUCCAAAAGCUCCCGUGAGAGUCUGGCUGAGGUCAACCGUCGCUACAAGGAGUACAGCGAAAAUAUGAGCAGUUUUGAAGAUGAGCUGGAGAACCUGUUGGGAGAGUUUCACAUUAAGAUGCGAGGUUUAGCUGGCUUUGCACGACUCUGUUCGGGAGAUCAAUAUGAAGUCUUCAUGCGUUACGGGCGCCAGCGCUGGAAGCUGAAGGGUCGCAUUGAGGUCAACUCCAGGCAGAGCUGGGAUGGGGAGGAGAUGGUGUUCACGCCCCACAUCACAGAACUCAUCUCCAUCAAGGUGUCAGAACUGAAAGGCUUGGCCAAUCACAUACUGGUAGGAAGUGUCAUCUGUGAAACCAAGGACCUGUUUACAGCCAUGCCACAGGUGGUUGCCGUUGAUGUCAACGACCUGGGCACCAUCAAACUCAACCUGGAGGUCGCUUGGUUUCCAUUUGAUGUGGAGGACCUGACUCUGUCCUUGGGGAACCUGUCCAAGGCAGCCGCCCUGCAGAGACGAGUGUCUGUGUACAGUCAGGGAACGCCUGAGACGCCCAUCUUUCAGGACUCUUCGUACUUUAAGUGGGACACCAAGCUGCAGGAAGGCCAGCACUUUUCUUUUUUCAGUGCCUUGCGUGAAACCUUCUUAGCGAAGCUGAGACACAGCCGCUCGCACGGGGACCUCCCCUCCCUGCAGCUGUGCCCCAGGUCCAGCUUGGAGGUCUAUUCCACGCUGGCGGAUGACGUGUUUGAGAACGGCGGCUGCGGCGUCACAGAAUGCAAGCGGCUGUCCUUCACCUUCUCCGACACACCCGGGUCCAGCCCCCUCCCUCUCCCCAGCUGGUCCAACCCCGCAAUCAUGGUCACGCCCCCAGAGAAUGACUGCCACUCUCUACAGUCAGAGAGCGCGGACGACGGGGGGCGGCAGAAAGAGGAUGAUGGAGAGGAGGACGAGGACGACGACGACGAGGAAGAGGGGAGCAUUAGCAUCAGCCUGGCCAGCGAGGCGGGGUCCGAGUGGGAGGAGCAGGCGGAAAGCCUGGACAACAGGUCGGCGUCACUGGGCUCGGACCGGCUGUCCGCCUCAGACGUCUUCCUGGACCGCUCCGUGUCUGACGCGCUCCUGCAGGAGGACGGGUCAGAGCUGAAGCCCGUGGAGCUGGACGGUGAGGAGGGCAACCUGACCAAGCAGCUGGUGAGGAGGCUGACCUCUGCGGACAUGCUGCCAGACCCCGUGCGGCCAGAGGGGGCGCUGGGCUGGGGGAGCAGUCUGGAGGAGGCCUUCCAUGGCCUGCUGCUGACCCUGGAGGGCCUGCAGGAGAAGAGCAGGGAGGUGCAGAAGCUGGAACGGGAGGUUCUGCAUCUGGAGGAUGUACUGAAGAGCAGAGCUCCCACACACAGGAGCAGAUCUUCUAGUCUCAGUCUGACAGUGGAGAGCGCUUUGGAGAGCUUCGACUUCCUUAAUACCUCAGACUUUGAUGAUAAUGACACAGGUGAUGAUGAGCUCCCUCAUUCAGCGUUCUUCGACAUGGAGACAGAGCGAAUCGGGGCGAGUCAGCACCCUGAGGCGAGGGGCCACCUGAGUGAGGCUCUGACGGAGGACACGGGGGUGGGGAACAGCAUGGCGGGCACGCCCCUGCCCCUCACCACGGGUAGCGACAGUCUGGACAUUGCCAUCACCAGGCACCUGCAGUACUGCUGCCACCUUAUCCAGCUCCUGUCCAGCAGAGGGAGCCCCUCCAAUGCCAGAGCCCAGCUCCAGAAACUCUCCUCUCAGACCCAGCUGCUGGAGGAGCUGGGAGAGAUAUUUGCCAACCAGCAGGGAUCCAUUGACACGCCUGCUGAUGUGCUCCCAGGACUGGCAGAGAGACCAGCGCUGCUGUCUCUGUGGUUGGAGCUCAGUGGUCCAGUCAGCCCUUUUCACAGCUCUCUGGACAGAGUGCUAAAGUACCUGCACCACAGCUUCACUGCAGCCCUGCAGGAGAGACACCCAGACACUGCACACACAGUAAUUCGGCUGGUGGUCACCGAGAUGAUGGACAGGAGUGAGCUGGUCUCCUCCCCCUGCCCCUCACCACCUGCCCCAAACCAGGACAUCCUCACUGUGUUCCAGUUCCACAGCUACGCCUGCACUCACAGCAUACAUGACAUGGAGGAGCACUUUCUGCAGGUGGCUGGAGAAGUUGAAUUUGUUGCUGGUCUGCGCUCUGGCGACAUCGAGUGGACACUCAGGGAACUGCAGGAGGCCCAGGCCUCAAGUCUGUGGCCCCAGGAGGAAACUCUGAGGGCCCUGGCUGCGCUCCUAGUGGCGGACACUCCACGGCUCAGGAAGGCUGCAACUGCCUUCCUCAUUUCAGCCUCUGCUCAUUCACACUUCAGGUCAAAGGCGGUGGAUUGCUACAUCCAGGCUCUGUCAGAGGCAGGCGUUCAGACUCAGAGAGCAGCUUGUGUCGCUCUGAGCUGCAUACAGGCCAGUGAGAGCACUGAGGCAGUGGUGUCCUUGUGCAACUCAGCCGAUGAGGAACUUCGCCAUGUUGCCAUAGAAACUCUCCUUACUUUUGGUGAGAAAGGGCAACUGGCAUACGAGCAGCUGGACACGGUUCCCGGGGAGAUGGUGCGGCUGGGCACGCGGCGAGGAAAUGCGGUCACCACGGCCCUCUGAGGGCCCCCAGCGGGGCCUGCAGACUCUGAUGGGGCCCUAUGGAGGGGACCCCAGCCCAGCGUAGCCCUGAUGUCCCUUUCACUCUGAGACUGAAGUCAUUCACAGGUGUUCAGUCUGAACCGUUAAGCCAUUUCUGUGUGUGCAGACUUUAUCAGAACUAUUAUUCGAAUAUUUGCAAUUUAUCAUUUGUGUUCGUACUACUAAUGGUUAAUGUUAAUAUUAUUUGUUUCUAUUGGUGAUAGUCACAAUUUUCAUUUGCACUUUGAAACUGCAUUACAAGCAGGCAAGUACAGCAUAUUGUACUUGUAUUGUAAAUGUGGCAUAUCAUGCUUUAUAUAUUUUUUCUAUAUUUAUCUCACAUUUGACUUUUAUUGUGAGAGAUUUUUAUCUACCACAAUUAUGCUUCAUGCUUUACAACAGGGUCCAUAUAGUCUCACAGUUUCAUAAAUGGUUCAGAUGUUAGGAAGCUUGUUUGACUGGUUUAUACUAGGCUGUGUUUGGCAGCCAUUGUAACUCCACCCAUCAUGGGAUUCAGGAAACGUUGUGCACUUCUAACACCUAGUCAUGGGAGAGGAACAUGAUCUCCAUAAUAAGUAGGGGGUGAUUGUAUAGUGCAAUGGUUUGGGAGCUGGGCACAGCUGUCGUACCCUUAGCAAGGUUCUAAACCUGAAUUGCUUCUGUAAAUAUCCAGCUGUCUUAAUGGAUUGUAUGUAACAUUAAAGAAUGUAAGCCGUGUAAGCCAGAUUCUCUUAUCUAGCCACUCUAUAUAAGAGUAUCUGCUUAAGCCUAAAAUGUAUUAUUUAAUCUGGAGCAAUCAUAAACUGUCAAUCACAGACUUUACUCUUCACGAAAACUGUGAUUGGUUAAAAUACAAUGAGUUAUUGAUCGCUAAAAUGAGUAAUCACACUACGUGGAUCUGUUAUUUGUCCUGAAUCUAUUUUUGACCACAACAGAAAAUGUAAUUAUAUGCAGAAGAUUAACUUAAUGACCCAUCUCUAGUCUUUGUUAUAAUUAAAAUUGUUCCAUGUGAAGCUCACAACAGUAAUUAUUAUACCACAUUCAAUGCAAUCAAAUAAAAUGGAUAUAAACUGUU